UCAACCUCGACAUACUGGAGAAUAUGUCGUCGGCUACUUCAAGCAUCAACACCUUCUCUUCUCUCUUAAGCCGAAGGAGGGGUGUCAGCAGCAACAGAAGCAGUUGCUUCACAACCCAAUGUUUCCUUCCAUGCCAUCUCAGGGCUCCCAGAUACGUUGCCAUGAAGGCCAUGGCUUCCCAGCGCACAGGGAGUUCUGGAGAACCUCUUCAAAAACCUAGCAAGAUGAACCAGACAAUGAUGCAGCGACAAACACCGGCUUCAUCACUUGGUGGUAUAUGGGAGUUGUUCCCGUUGAAGUGGAUACUGCAACAGAUGUUAGAGACAACCGACAGAUUCAUGCAUGAUCCUUGUUACUGCAAUGGCAUUACAUUCCUCGACCUACAAAGCAAAGAAACUGUAGACUGUUGUCGGAGUAAACAGAGAUGGAAGAUUGAGGAAGACGAUGGAGGACUUCAUAGGUUGACGUUUGAGAUGCUAGGUGUGACCAAGGAAGAUGUGAAGGUGUGGGUGGAAGCAAGAAUACUAUAUGUCGAGGCCAAGAAGAAGGCAGAAGAGAAAGAAGACAGGAGGCACACCGAGAGACAACAUGAUGCCAAAUUCACACUGCCUCAUGAUGCCGAUGCUGAGAAGAUUAAGGCAGAGAUGAAGGAAGGGGUGCUUCAUGUUAUCAUCCCAAAGGUUUCACCAUCAAGCAAGGUUUUGAACAUAGAUGUGCAGUGAUCAUGGCUACUCAUAUGAUCUACAUGUGGCUUAGUUGAUGAUCUCUCCUUUUUUUUCUUCCUUUAUUCUAUUCAUAAAGAUAGGUUUUGAAGCAUGUUCUCCCUUAUUUCAUAAAUAGGUAGCUUAAAGCAUGAGCAUUCAAAUCAAAGGGAUGCUGAGUUUAUGUGAAAACAUUAUUUUUAUCAGAAUUAUUCCUUGAUUGGUGUUCAAUUGCCAAGCUUAAUCAAUAAAAUUAUAUAAAAGUGACAGACACAUAAACAUCGCAUUACAUUGUGUGGUGAUACAACCAUGCCUAGGUGUUACAAAAAAUCUUUGGUUUUCUAAUAUUCAACUCAUGUUUUGUAGCAAGAUAGGUUGGUCUUUUGCAAUGCAAGCGUCAGGUAUUAAAGCCAUGAAAAUAAUCUCUCUCCUUGAAACGAUAAGAACAAAAAGGAAAAAGAA